AAGCACGGUUAGCGCUCCCAAAGAGACGCUGGGACCCCCUGGCCGUUGAGCGGAGGUUGGGCGCUGCAGCCACCACCUCGGUGCUCCAUGAGGAAGAUGCUGGCCGCUGUCGUCUCCCGCGUGUUGUCGGGUGUUGCCCAGAAGCCCGCCCGCAGAGUGCUGGUGGCAUCCUACAACUAUUCAAAAGAUGCCACCUUUGAAAUCAAGAAAUGCGAUCUUUACCGGUUGGAGGAGGGCCCUCCGCUCACCGCGGUGCUCACCAGGGAGGAUGGGCUCAAAUACUACCGGAUGAUGCAGGUGGUUCGCCGCAUGGAGCUGAAGGCGGACCAGCUGUACAAGCAGAAGUUCAUCCGUGGCUUCUGUCACUUGUGCGACGGCCAGGAGGCCUGCUGCGUGGGCCUCGAGGCAGGUAUAAACGCCUCAGACCAUGUCAUCACGUCCUAUCGGGCUCAUGGCAUAAGCUAUACUCGGGGGCUCUCGGUCCGAUCCAUUCUGGCAGAGCUGAUGGGACGAAGAGGAGGGUGUGCGAAAGGAAAAGGAGGGUCGAUGCACAUGUAUGCCAAGAACUUCUACGGGGGAAAUGGCAUUGUGGGCGCCCAGGGCCCCUUGGGUGCUGGGGUUGCCCUGGCCUGUAAAUAUUUGGGAAACAGUGAAGUCUGCUUGACCUUAUAUGGGGAUGGCGCUGCCAAUCAGGGGCAGAUAGCUGAAGCUUACAACAUGGCAGCUUUGUGGAAAUUACCUUGUAUUUUUGUUUGUGAGAAUAACCUCUACGGGAUGGGAACAUCUGCUGAUAGGGCUGCGGCCAGCACUGACUACUACAAGAGGGGCAACUUUAUCCCAGGGCUGCGGGUGGAUGGCAUGGACGUUCUGUGUGUUCGCGAGGCAACCAAAUUUGCAGCCGACUACUGUAGAGCUGGAAACGGGCCCAUUCUGAUGGAGCUGCAGACCUACCGUUAUCAUGGACACAGCAUGAGCGACCCCGGGGUCAGUUACCGGACCCGAGAAGAGGUUCAGAAGGUUCGAAGUAAGAGUGACCCUAUAAUGCUUCUCCAAGAGAGAAUGGUAAACAGCCAGCUUGCCAGUAUUGAAGAAUUAAAAGAAAUCGACGCUGAUGUGAGGAAAGAAAUUGAUGAUGCCGUUCAGUUUGCUACAACCGAUCCAGAACCACCUUUGGAAGAAUUAGGCCAUCACAUCUACAGCAAUAAUCCACCUUUUGAAGUUCGUGGUACAAAUCAGUGGAUCAAGUUUAAAUCCAUCAGUUAAAGGAAGACCAUAUAAAAAUUUAUUCUAAUCCUUCAAUGGAAUAUUCAUGACCAAGUUUAAGAAACUGUUCUCAAGUUUGUUAAGGAGGAAUAAAACCCAUAAAA